GGCUUCCUCACGGCGGGAAGACGGAGCCAAACGUUUGAUUGCUGAGCUAAUCUACGGACGAACUUUUCGUCCGGCCCUCUUCGAUUCCCUUUGAUUCCACCACCAUCAUCGCAGAACCUGUCAUCUGUGGUUCUUACGAUUCGAGCUUCCUGUACUCAUCAUCGAUUUCAACUGAUCGCACAGGAAUCAAUUGUGGAUUGCACUCGUGCUCAUAUAGGUUGUGGACUACACCCUGCGAGCACCGGAUAGUCCGGACGAAACUUUUCGCAGGAGUACAGCAGUGCGAAACUUGUGCGAGGAAACCCACCACCAAAAUGCCGAAGGAAGAGUCGUUGCCGACGCGGAAGAAGAUGCGGAAGGGCACGCAUAGUUGCUUCGAAUGUCGCCGUCGCAAGAUCCGAUGCAUCUACCAGUCCGAUAACCCAGACGUAUGCUCGGAAUGCUUCGCCAGGGGCAGCCGAUGCAUCGACCAGGAGAAUGCAAACCCAGACGUCAUUGUCGACCACAGGAAGAACCUUCGUGAAAGGGUCUCACGACUAGAGGCUCUUGUUGAUUCAUUAUUGGAAGAGAAGACCGUCAAGUCAGAAAGCCCAAGUCACCAGAGUCAAGCAGAAACUGCGUCAUCCCGAAAUGUGUAUACCAAAGACACCUUCCCACCAACACCACUAUCCUCGGAAGCUUCGUCAAAUAUCCUGAGAGAUAGUCAACGCGUGCCAUCCAAUAGCGGACGUCACCACAUCCCUAUUCUUUCGGUCUUCGAGGAUGCACUCAACGAUGCCGAAGAGAAGAUCAAAGCCCGCAUGGGUCCCCAACACAAGCCUCUGCUUCCGCAACCGCAAAAUGGAGCUGACGAUCGGUAUACCGUUGUCAACAAACACCCAGAUGACCUGCCAGAAGGUUCACCUGCGGCAUCGGCGAAGAAAGAGAGAGUGAAGCAGGCCCUGCUUGCUAUGCUGCCUUCUUAUGACCAGCUCACCAAGAUCCUGAACAGCAACAGCGAAUGGUGGCAAACAUGGAGACGAAAGUGCAGCGGCACAUCCGGCCCUGAUCAGACACUCGCACAGUUCGCCGCACAUGCCAUUACAAGUAAUAACAUCGGAGCUAUCGGUACUGUUGUCUUGGCUGUUGGCAUUUGCUCCUCAGCUGAGGACAACGAUGUUGAGCGCUACAUCGAGGCCGUCGACCGAUGGGUACUGUCCGACGAUGAGUACGCCGCUAGCCUUGAGGGCAUGGAGUGUCUCAUCUUGAAGUCGAAGUGGUUUGCCGACGUUGGUCAGCCACGACGAGCCUGGAUCUGCUACCGUAAGGGAUUGAUGUAUGCCCAGCUCAUGGGUUUACACCGCAAGCGUACCGCAUCAGUAGCUCACGAGAGCAUCUGGUGGGGCCUUUACCAUGGUGAUCGCUUCGUGUCUCUUCUACUCGGUCUACCAUACGGUAUCAGCGACUCGCACUGCGAUCUCACAAUGCCCGACUUUGGCGGGGAGUUCAUGCACCCAUUGAUCUUCAUUACCAAUGUAUCAAAGCUUGCAGGCCGAGUCAUCGACCGCAACCAAGGCGUCGCUGAGCAGUCCUUUGCCUGGGCCUUGCAGCUCGAUCAAGAACUCGAAGACCUUUGGAAGAAGCUCGACCCCACGUGGCUAGACUUCUCUGAACUCCUGGCUACUCUAGAGUCCAACGCCGCCGAGCUCCGAGAGCGUAUUAUGGCGCAGAUUAUCUACCACCAGAUCCGCGUCUACCUCCAUCUACCCUUCAUGCUCAAGUCCGCCACGAACUCGCGUUUUACGUACUCACGAACCGCCUGUCUCAACGGCUCACGCGAGGUUCUUCGCCUCUACCAAGCCCUGCGCACCGGAACUGUACAGCCGCUCUAUGAGUGCAAGGCCAUCGAUUUCAUCGGCUUCACUGCCGCAGUACUCAUCCAAAUCGGCCUCUUCAAUUUCACUGCAACAAGCCAAGACCCCAGCAAAAUGAAAGAGGUCGAAGCCGACGUCCGCCUCAUCGAAAUCAGCAUCGACAUCUUCCGGCGUGCCUCGAGCGAAAAGGGCGGUAAAGUCGCUCUUCAAUCUGCCGAAGUCCUCGAGAAGAUGCAAGCCAAGCAAAAGGCUGGGUGCCAUACAAACAACGGCCCCUGCGAUGACGGCGAAUGCGACGACCUCGUCAUUCCCUACUUCGGCACCAUCUCCAUCCGUAGAGGCGGCCAGAAAUUGAAGGGCCCUCUCCCACCACCUCCCGCACUCUCUCCCGCACAGUCCGUCUCAGGACGCAGCGCAAGCACAGGACAGCCCUUGUACACGCCUACCAGCGAGAAGAGCGGCCUGGGCGGGAUAAGCUCUUUCUCCCAGCCCCAAACCCAAUCGUUAAACCUCACGCCCAAGUCCUCCAUCUCCGCACACACACCCGCCACCUCGGCGUUGCCGGCGCUCGACCCCAGUCCCUUCGUCUCAUACGACGGCUUCUACAAUUUCACCACGCUCGCCGCCGAGGACAACACCUCCACUGGCAACCCUACCAUGGGCACUGGUGUGGGCGGAUUGGGCAUGGGGAUUAGAGACGAUAGUAUGAACAAUUUCCCGCUGCCGACGAACAACUUCAGCUGGCAGAAUAUGCCGAUGGACAUUGAUCAGGAUUGGAGUUGGUUUCUGAACGACAAUCAGACGCAGGGUGUGGGGACAGGGAGUGCGUUGCCAGUGGGGCAGGGGACGAUGGAUGCUUUUAGUACGGGCUUCACUGGGUUUGGGUGAAGGAAGAUGUAGAGAUUGAGGGGGGGUUAUGUAUGAUAGGGAGGUGUUUUGUGGGGUCGAGGGUUGGAUUUUCGAUAUCCGGGUUGAGACGAGACGCUCCACUUUUCGCUUUCAGGCGAGGAAUCAUAUGAUUUAUUGUGUUCAUCGGACUCGGGUUGCGUUUCUGCGACAGAUCAACGUAGUGUAGUGAAAGGCAGGCAAGCAUCACCCAGGUGAUAUGCAUCUACA